CGAGGCAGAGGCGGUGGUUUCCAGUGACUCGGAUAUACGAGAUCAGCUGAACCAGUGCGACCAAUAUCACGGAAGAUAGCGGUUGAGCAGCUGUCAACUUAACGCAAGAGACAUAUUCAGUAUCUCUCUGCUAUUAGUUAAUCGAUUCGAUCAUGUAUGAGUUUGAGAAGAGCAAUCUACGGAAGUUUAGUAAAUACGUGGUUGAUUUUUUGCGACCGUCUUACGUUAAAGGCUUCAUGACUACGUACCUGAAUGGAGAGGUUGUAGAGAGGAUCCUAUCAGAGGAGAGCAGGUCUGUGACGUCAGCAGCCCAGGUGUUUCUAGACCAGGUGUGUCUCCUGGAGGAACAGGGAUGGUACCAGGCCCUGCUAGACGCCCUGUACGCCGAAGGCUAUAAGGGUCUGUGUGAGGCCCUGAAGCGGUGGGACUUUGGGACCCUGGAGAGCACCAAGCUACACAGAGAGCUUCUACAACGGAUAGAACCCCACUUCACCAAACAUAUCAAAACCAGAGACCUGCUGGUACACCUGGGGGAGUGUCUCAGAAAGAGAGAGUGUGAAGAGAUACAGGCGACAGAGAACCUGUUGGGGCCUAUAGCAGCAGCGGAGAGGCUGACUGACUGUCUGAAGAGAAGUGAUAAAGAAAACUGGUUCAAACUGCUGAAGAUGGCUCUGGCCAACUGUGAACAGACAGUGGCCCUGGAGCAACUGGACCCUGACACAGAGUCAUCAGUGUCAGAGAUGGAAGUGGGUGAUGAGGAGGAGGGUGAAACCAUGACUGUCACCUUCCAGUACACUGAGGGGUCUGUUGAUGAUGAUGAAGGGCUGCUGAAGAGCGGCAAUCACAUGACACCCUCUGAAACCCUGCCCACGUCUGCAACAGGUAGCCAAUCACAAGGAGCCAAUAGUGGUGGUGGUAUUGGUGAGGUCCAGAAAGGAGGAGAGAAGAGGCUGAGAGAGGAGGAGGAGGAGAGAGGAGGAGGAGGAGGAGAGAAGAGAGGAGGAGGAGGAGAGAAGAAAAUGAGAGCGUACCAGAGAGAACUGGCUGAACCUGUGUUUCAGGGCAACAACACAGUCAUCUGUGCCCCAACCGGCUGUGGGAAGACUGUGGUUGCCCUGGCAAUCUGUGAGCAGCACCUGAAGGCCAAGGGUCAGGGGGCGAAGGUCGUCUUCAUGGCAACCAAGGUGGACGUCUUCAACCAGCAGUAUAAACUGUUCCAGGAUCAUUUCCUAGAGAAAGACCCUGACAUCAGGAUCGACGGCCUUUGCGGUAACCUGGGCGACCAGCUGUCGAUGACGGUGGUCAUGGAGAACAAUGACAUCAUCGUCUUAACCCCUCAGAUCCUGGUGAAUGCCAUGGCCAGAGGGGAGGUUCCCUCUCUCUCCUGCUUCUCUCUGUUGAUUCUAGAUGAGUGUCACAACACAACAGGGAAACACCCCUAUAACAUCAUCAUGAUGUCAUACCUGGAUGCCAAGCUCAGCACUGAGCAGAACGGACAACACCUGCCCCAGAUUGUGGGUCUGACUGCCUCAGUGGGGAUUGGCUCGUUCAAGAACCAAUCAGAGGCUGAGAACAACAUCUAUCAGCUGUGUGCCAGUCUGGACACCCGCAUCAUCUCCACCAUCCACCGACACACCGACGAGCUACACUCCUACGUACACACACCUGACAAAGAUUUCUUCCUGGUCCGGAAGAGACAGACAGACCCUUUCAUCAGGAUCAUUCAUGACAUCAUGGCUAAGAUAGAAGGACUGGCCAAGACUGUCUACAACAUAGAGUCUCUGUCUAACAUAGAGAGUCGUGACUACGGGAGUCAGAAGUAUGAACAGUGGAUCGUUGAUGUUCAGAAGAAGUGCAGAGUUCUACAGCUGGAAGACCAGGAGGAGGAGAGUAGAGUCUGUAGGGCUCUGUACAACUAUACUGAGCACCUGAGGAAGUAUAAUGAUGCUUUGAUCAUAAAUGAGGAUGCCAGGACGAAGGACGCGUUGGAGUACCUGUCAGCUUUCAUACAGCAGGUGAAGAACGCAGGACAUGACGAGACGGAGAGACGACUCACUGCUUACUUCGAUGGUCAGCAGGGUGUACUACAGGGUCUGUCCAGAGGGGGGCAGCAGGAGAAUCCUAAAUUAGAUGAGUUACAGUACAUCCUGGAGGAACAGUACCGACAGAAUGAUGAGACCAAGUCGGUACUGUUCGUUAGGACUCGGGCCCUCGCAGACGCCUUGAAGAGCUGGAUCGAGGAAUCUGACACUCUGAAGUUCCUGAAACCAGGAGUAUUGAUCGGGAGAGGACGCAAGUCCAGCCAGCUGACCGGCUCAGGCAUGACGCUGACAUCUAAGAAAGGUGUGCUUGAUUCCUUUAAGAGCUCAGACAAUCAAAGCAAGCUCCUGAUUGCUACCUCGGUGGCCGACGAGGGCAUCGAUAUCCCACAAUGCAACCUGGUAUUGAUGUACGAGUACGUUGGCAACGUGGUCAAGAUGGUGCAAGUCAGAGGACGUGGCAGGGCCCAGGGUAGUAAGUGUAUCCUGGUGUCUGAUAAAAAGGACAGGAUUGAUAAAGAAAGACAUAAUAUGGAGAAGGAGAAGAUUGUAGAGAGAGCCAUCAGAAACAUCCAGGACAAACCCACUGAGAUGAUACACAAGAUAGAGGUGUUGCAGCAUAAGGACAAGGUGUGUCGUGACAUGGUCCGAAUGGUACCAGAGAGACCCCGGACUGAAGGGAGCUACCAGCUCCUCUGCUCCAAGUGCAAGACGCACAGCUGUUACACAGACGACAUCAGAGUACUGCAGGACUCUCACCACAUUGUGUUGGACCGCACUCUGUUCUCUCGAGCUCGAACACAACCUCAUCCUAAACCCAAAGGUUUCAUGGGGCUGGUGAAGACUAAGAAGCUGUUCUGUCACUGUGGACUGGACUGGGGCAUAGUGGCCUCAUACCUGACCAUACAGGACCUGCCUGUGUUAAAGAUAGAGAGCUUUGUGGUGAAGAACUGUGUUACAGAGCAACAGAGGUACUACAGGAAGUGGAAAGACGUGACCUUUACCAUGAAGACCUUUGACCUUACAGACAUAGGUGAUAACUGGACACCACUGUCUGAAGACCAGUAGGCCCUUACACCUGUCAAUCAUCUGGAGAGGAGGAGCCAUGAAGAGAGAAGAGAGAGUCAUUGGUUAUUACCAAGCUGUGAAAUGCCAGGAGCAAUGAAAAGAGUCCCCUCAUCCAGCUGGUCCUGGGGCUGAGUUAACAAACCUGUUCUACUAACACACUGAAGCCUCAG